CGCAAAUAAUAUAAUUUACUCGUAUAUAAAACCGAAGUCAGAAGUUAAUGAUAAUUCUAAUUACAACGAAUUAAACGAACGUUUUUUCAUCAUGGGUAUAUUUGAUUCGAGAAGUAUGGAAGUAUAUGAUCCGCACGCAGAUACGUGGAAAACUCUAGGUGGAACUCAUUAUCCUCGGAAAUGGUAUAACUGCGCAAUGCACGACGGCGAGUUAUAUAUUAUUGGUGGAAAAGUUGAUUCGGAAAUUGUAUCAUCUGUGCGAAUCUACAAUUUACAGAGGCACACUAUAAGAUCCAUAUCUUCAAUGAAUACUAAAUUGCGUUAUGUCGGAGCAGUUGGUUUGAAUAGCUUCGUUUAUGUUUGCGGCGGCAGUAAUGCAAAUCACAAGUCAAAUGUCGUUGAAAGUUACUGUCCAGCAACAGAUGAGUGGAAAAUAAUGAGUCCUAUGCAUGUAUCUCGUGAAGAUCUUGCAGUUGUUGCUUGUCAAGGAUAUGUUUACGCUUUAGGCGGAUGUGAUGAGGUGUCAGCGUUAGACUCAGUUGAAAGGUAUAAUCCUCGGAUAGAUCAAUGGAUGCUUUUAGCUUCGACGAUGAAUCAGAAGCGGUUUAGUUUCGGUGCAGCCGUUCUUGGCGACAAAAUAUAUGUAUGUGGAGGAAGUAGUAGCAAAUUAUUAGUCUCGUUAAAAACAAUGGAAGUUUACGAUCCAAAAACUAAUAGGUGGGAGUACAGACCAAGCAUGAAUACUCCAAGAUGGGGAAUGUUACUAAUUUCUAGCAUGGGGAAACUUUGGGCCAUCGGAGGAUGGGAUAAGAGCUUACCACUUUCGACAAUCGAGGUGUAUCCCAAAUUUAACGUGUGGACCUUCGCACCGUCAUAUUGUAAAAUAAAAGGAUCUGUUACCGGACUAUUGUUGGCGAUUUGAAAAAGAAUUUUACCAAAAUUUAAUAUAGGUAUACAUUUUUUAUAUUAAAAAUUAAUUUAAUUAAAAAUACAAUUGUACAUAUGCA